AUGAAGAUGCAUUUCUGCAUCCCGGUGUCCCAGCAGCGGCCCGACGCGCUGGGGGGCCGCUACGUGCUGUAUUCCGUGUACCUGGACGGGUUUCUGUUCUGCAAGGUGCGUUACAGCCAGCUGCAUCGUUGGAACGAACAGCUGAAGCGGGUGUUUGGAAAUUGCCUGCCACCCUUUCCACCAAAGUACUAUCUUGCAAUGACCACAUCUAUGGCUGAUGAGAGAAGGGACCAGUUAGAACAAUAUUUGCAAAAUGUAACCGUGGACCCAAACAUGUUGAGAAGUGAUGUCUUCGUUGAUUUUUUAAAACUGGUGCAGCUGGACACAUUCAGCAUCACCACCAAGAAAGCGUCUCUGGAUUUAUUUCUGCCCGAUGGAAGGAGCAUUAAAGUCGAAAUUCUAACAUCAGAUACUGCCGAAAGAGUCCUGGAGGUGGUGUCACACAACAUUGGACUGUGUCAGGAGCUGCUGGACUGCUUCGGCCUAUUUCUCAUUCAGUUUUGCAAAGAGGGCAGGCUGUCUGUCGUGAAAAAAUUGGCAGACUUUGAACUCCCAUAUGUUAGCCUUCGAAGUUCUGAAGUGGAAAACUGCAAGGUUGGACUCAGGAAGUGGUACCUGGACCCAUCCCUCGACGCCAGGCUGAUGGACUGCAGAGCAGCUGUAGAUCUGAUCUACAUGCAGGCAAUACAGGACAUUGAAAAAGAAUGGGCCAAACCCACGGAGGUGCAGAGGCAGAAAUUAGAGGCUCUCCAGAAAGAAGACAACAGAACAGAGUUUUUGGAGCUCGCCCGGGAGGUCCGGCACUAUGGAUAUGUACAGCUGGAACCCUGCACCUGUGACCACCCAGAACCGGGCUGCCAGGCCCUUUUUUCCGUCGGCAAUAAUGAGAUCAGCUGCUGCAUAACCCUGCCUGAUAACCAGACCCUGGACGUCAUUUUCCAGAUGGACAGAGUGAAGUGCUGGCAGGUCACUUUCCUUGGGACUCUGCUGGGUACGGAUGGGCCACAGCAAACUCUCAACCAGAACUUAGAGCUCAGAUUUCAGUACUGCGAGGAUAGUCACUGGCGGUGGUUUGUUAUUUACACCAAACAGGCUUUUUUGCUAAGUAGCUGCUUGAAAAAGAUGAUCUCAGAGAAGAUGGCAAAGCAAGCUGCAGAGAACCCAGAAAUGCAGAUUGAAGUUCCAGAACAAGGCAAAAGUAAAAAAUACCACAUUCAACAAAACCAGCAGAAAGACUAUUCUAGUUUUCUGCCAAGAAAAAGCAAGAUUAAGAUAGCUGAAGUUGACUGUGGUUUUGGGACCAUAAAGGAAGAAGAUCUUUGA